CGAUAAAUCUACCGGAGGAGAAAUUCCUGUGUAGACUCAGAGAGAGAGAGAGAGAGGAUGGCAGGGUUAUUCGAGAAGCAAGCGGCGACGUACGCGGACGCGCGGCCGUCAUAUCCAAAGGAGUGGUUCGCCAAGCUCGCAUCGCUCACCGCCCAUCACACGCUGGCGUGGGACGCCGGCACCGGAAAUGGCCAGGCUGCCGUCAGUAUCGCGGAGCACUACGAGCAAGUGAUCGCAACCGAUGUGAGCGAGGCCCAGCUGAACCACGCCUUCCCGCACCCUAAGGUCCGAUACGUCCACACGCCUCUGUCUACCCCGGAACCAGACCUUGUUUCCAUUCUUGGGGGCGAGGGCUCGGUGGACCUGGUGACUGUGGCCCAGGCCGUCCACUGGUUCGAUCUCUCUCGCUUCUACUCCCUCGUCAACCGUGUUCUAAGAAAGCCCGGAGGAGUGAUAGCUGUCUGGGGCUACAACUACAACAUGGGCCACUUGGAGGACGUGAUGAAGCGUUUGUUUGAGACCACGAUCCCUUAUUGGGACCCUCGGGCUUGGUAUGCCUUCGAUCGGUAUCGGACCCUCCCGUUCCCAUUUCAGGGUAUCGGAUUUGGAUCGGAAGGUGACCCGUUCUGCCUCGAUUUGGAACAAGACAUGACCUUCGAUGGCUUUCUUCGGAUGCUGAAGUCAUGGUCUGCUGUGACCACUGCUAUGGAGCAAGGAGUGGAUUUGUUAUCCCAGGAAGUGGUCAAAGAGCUUGAGGCUGAAUGGGGUGGCUCCUCUGUCGUCAGGAGGUUAAGGUACGAGGCAUUCAUGCUUGCCGGCACUCCCAAGCUGGAAAAUUCGAGGUGCUCGUAAAUCUUAGAGAAGCUGUGGGAGAAAGGUCGCAUUUGUGGCAUUGUAAUAGGUUUAAUUCAUGCCUUAAUUCCGAUUGCUUGAAUAAAUUGGAUUGCAUGUUUUAAUGGAAUUCUCUUCGCUUAGCAUUCUAUCACGAGAUGUUUAGUUACUCAGUGAUAUAAUUCAAAAAAUCACUCAACUGGUGUGUUGGAUUCUCA